UGUGCGCGCAGAGCAGAAAGAGCGCACAGCAGAUCUCCAACUCCACACAGCCACGACCUGGAGAGGAAAACCUGCUGGAUUUCCCAAAUCUUUUUUUCCACCAUGAAGCGCGCCCUGCCUCUCCUAAACUUUUUAGUAACGCUUCAUCUCGUCGGCGGGUCCCCUUUCCAGUACGACAUGUUCCAGGGAAACGCGUAUUCUGGCACCGGAUCGCGACAAAGGAACAGGAACUGGUGCGCCUACGUUGUGCACAAAAACGUGAGCUGCGCCGUGGUGGGAGGCACGGAGAGCUUUGCGCAGCCCGAGUUUGUGCCCUGUCCGCAGGAGCUGCCAGAGUGCGCGCAGCAAGUGAUAUAUCGCACGCAUUUUAGGCCCACUUACAAAAUUGGAUACAAGACCGUAACGGAGCUGGAAUGGAGGUGCUGCCCGGGGUACCGGGGCCAGGACUGCAUGGAGGUGAAAGACAUGAAGCUGCUACAAGUGGACCGCAUUUCCCAUGCUCCCUCUGCCUCCGGCCAUUUUCCAGCCCCUAAAGUUCCUAAACAGAGAACAGAGGACCAACCGAAUCCUUCUGUGGGAGGGGAGGGGCAGUUCGGAGUUCAUGCGAGUUCCAGGCCCCGGGAGGGUCAGGUAGGGGCUCAGAGGGCCCAACAGCUGGAGGACGAGGUGCAACAGCUGUCCCAGAUGGUCCUGGACAUGCAGGCGAGGAUGACGGACAUGGCCUCCAACCUGAGGCUGGACUUCCAGGAGGACGCCAGCAAAAUGCUGGCCGCGCUGAUGAACGACUUCAAACUUCCCGCCAGCGCCAGGGGGGCCGAGACCGAGGCCGUCCAGGUGCAGGACUUCUCCUUCGACCACGAGUCGGCGCCGAUGGACGAGGUCCUGAACAAGAUCGAGCAGGUCAAGUACGACCUGGACUCCAAAAGCGACGCGCUGGAACAUCUCUCAGAUCGAGUCAACCGCCACGAGGGACAGAUCAACCUGUUGAUGGAGGCCGCCCAGAACCCGCCAUCUACACCCCCCCCGUCCGGAGACGCAAACCUGCGAUCCUACCUGGACGAUCGGAUUCGCGCUCUGAGGGAGGAGCUGAUGGAGGGCAUGGAGAUCAAACUGGCCGACCUGAAGAACUCCUGCGACUACAAAAUCAUCUCGGUUCAGGAGCAGUGCGAGGGGCAGGAGGCCAGCUACCUCAGCCUGGCCGAGCUCAUGGACUCCAAGGAGGGCGACCUGCGCAACGAGAUCCAGGACAUCAGGGUCCGGCUUGAAAGUCGCCUGAACUCGUCGCUGGAGCCCCUGGACGCAAAGUGCCGCGCCCUGGAGGAGAGGCAGGCCGACGCCGUCCGAGACCUGAGAGGGAUUCUGGAGGAGAAGCUGGCCUCGGCGGAGGACAAACUCCGAGGCCUCCUGUCAAACACUAACACCAGUGGAAAAGAAGAAGGUCCAGAUGGUCUGCUGGUCGGCGUUAACCCCUUAAGGGACUCUAUUCAAAGUCUGGAGCGCAGACUCAACGACGUGGAGCGUUCGUGCUCAGUAGAGUGCGGGGCCAAUUUAAGUUCUCUGGAAAACCUUCAGGGAGACUUUCGGGACUUGAAACGUACGGUAGACGUGAUGGGAACCGAUCUAGAAGCUCUGCAAAGCCACGCUGGAGCCACGGAGGGGCGGCUUACCAACCACAGCAGCCUCAUCGAGGUUAUAAACAAUGAGCUGAAGUCCUUCAAAGGGCAAGCGGGCAAGCUGGAGGACUCAUUAUCGGAAAUGGUCCACCUGGAAUCUCGGACAGAAGAGAGGCGUAACUCCUCCGGGGGUCGGGUUCAAGUCGGGCAGGAGGCCAAAGAGCUUCUGGAGCUGAGACGGCGUCUGGAGGAACUGAGCGCCAAAGUUCAAACCGAGGCCGAAAGGUGCGCGAAGACGAGGCAAGGGGCGGACGAGGAGAUGGCCAGAAUGGGCGGGAGAGUGACCAGCCUGGAGGCUCUGUGCGGCGGGCUGGACCCGAUCUCCAGCAGCCUCCAGAGGAUCAAAGACGGCCUGAGCCGGCACGUGAGCGGGCUGUGGACCUGCGUGAACCAGCUGAACCUCACCGUUCGAGCCCACGCCCACGAGAUCGGAGGACUGAGGGGAACCUGCCGGAACGUCCAGACCCACGUCUCAAACCUCGCCAGAGACCUCCAGGUGCCCGGGUCGGCCCCGGGGUUUCGGACGCCUCUCUCCAGCGGCCUCCUGUGAUGGAAGCCGGGGAGGCCGGCCCUCCCGGUAAGAUGAGCUCGUCCAAGCUGCCCAAGGGGGUGGACGUCAGCAUGGUGCCCGUUCAGGGCUUCGCCGGAGCUCCAGCUUCCCCACUUAAGCCCACUGACCCUGGACAGACCGGCAUGACUUCGAUCCCAGACGUGGGCAGACCUCACGGACCUCCUCCACCACAGAAACCCGUCGGGACGUCAGGAGAGAGAGUGGCCUUCUCAGCCGGACUCACUCUCCCGCCAUUUCAAGGAGAAGUGGGAAUCAUCCGAUUCAACAAGGUUCUGGUCAACGAUGGAGAACAUUAUGACCCCUAUACAGGUAUCUUCACGGCUCCCUCAGAUGGCCGCUACCUGCUGACGGCCGUGCUGGCGGCCCAGAGGGGCGAGCGGGUCGAGGCGGUGCUCUCCGUGUCCAACAGCAGCGUCCAGAAGCUGGACUCCGCCGGUUUCUCGUCCGGAGCCGUCGCCCCGCCGUCAGGUGACCGGUGUGGCUGCGGCGGUUCGGCCUCCCUGAGCCUGGUCCUGAAGCUGAGGCGAGGAGACCGGGCGGGGCUGGUGCUGACCGCCGGGAAGAUGGCCGUCUCCGCCUCGCCGCAGAUCGUGUCCUCGUUCGGCGCCGUGCUGCUCUACCCGAGCCCGGACAAACGG